GAAAUGUUCCGCCCGAGGGAUUUCACUGUUUUUAUCUCUUGUGCGGUCCUCCUCAUCGUCCAGUCAAGUCAUGGUUCUGAGAUUAUUGAUGGGAAAGAAGUGGAGCCCCACUCGCUGCCUUUCAUGGCUUUGAUGAUGAAUCCGGUCUGUGGGGGGAUACUGAUCCACCCAUCAUGGGUCCUGACUGCUGCCCACUGUGCUGUAAUUGAGGAGGUGUCUCUUGGGGUGCACUCCAUCAAGAAAGACAAAAAAGACUCCUGGCAGGUCCGCAAGGUUAAGCAAAGAGUUCCUCAUCCUUGCUAUGAUGCAACAGAUAAGGUCAAUGACCUCAUGCUGCUCAAGCUCAACAAACCGGUGAAGCAAACCCAGACGGUGAAAUGGCUCCCGUUGGGCAACACCGUCAAAGACCCAGCGGCUGGCACCAGCUGUCUGGUGGCCGGAUGGGGCAUAACUAAGAACAACGUCAAACAAAUGUCGGACGUGCUGAUGUCCGUCAACGUGACCGUCAUCGACCGAGUGAAGUGCAACUCCCCAGAAUAUUACGGCCUUAAUCCCGUCAUCACUAGAGGCAUGAUAUGUGCUGGUUCGGACGGUAAAAAGAGUGCCGACACCUGUCAGGGGGAUUCAGGAGGCCCACUUUUGUGCGAUGGAGCGCUAGUCGGUGUCACGUCUUUUGGAAGGAAGUGUGGCCUGAUUAAAAAGCCCGGAGUGUACGCUUUCCUGUCAGAAAAACAAUUUAUCUGGAUCAAAAAGACCAUCAAAAAGUCUGAAAUAUAACGAGCCCCCCUUGUUAACUAUACCUCUGUAUUAUUGACGAAGUUAACCACUUAAUGUCUAUCUUUGUUUCUACUGUAUAUGUACAUUCACUUUGUCCUCCUGCAGCCUAUACAAAAGGGAUUUACAUCAUAGGGAUUUUUUUUCUUUCUAAAGCUGUACACCAAAGAGCUAUCUCUUCUAAGAUGAAAGCAAAACACCAAAGUGACAUUAUUCAAAACGUCAACCAGAGAGAUUCACCACUUCCUGCAUCAGAAGCUUAAAUUGUCUCUGAGUCUUCGGCUCAACUCGUGUGGAAAGAUUUUGUUAUAAAGGUUAAUUCACGGGCAGGUGAAUUAUUAUUUCCUCAUAAUUAAUCCAUAUUAUUAGCCGAUGGCUUGAAAAAACAAAACCAAUGACCUGUUAUUUAAUGUGUCUUUAUUGUGUCGUUACAGUAGCUCUGAAUUUCACACCUUCAUUGCAUCACAGAUUUGUGUUUCAGUUCUCUGCUUU